AUGGAAUUUGAAGAAUCGUUUAUGAACCCUCAUGACUUCGACGGUCUCGUCCAAGUGGUAAGCUACUAUUUUAUUAAUUCAUCGCUGAAGGCCGCUGUUUUUUACCAUACGUCCAAACCUAAUGUCAAACGAAUGUCAUCGUUUUGUUUUGUUAUUAGGAACAAGCCCAGGAAAUGAAAGAAAGCACCACUACAACCACACCGCCGCCCGUGGCCAACAAAAGAGGACGGAAACCGGGCAAGAAAUCUAGUGACAAAGUAGACAUCAGAGCUAAACUAGGUUUGUCGAUUCCUUAGUGAUCAGACACCAUCCUAAAUGUUUUUUUCAUAUGACAUUAGAGAGGAGCCGGCAAAGUGCUCGCGAAUGUCGUGCCAGGAAAAAGUUACGUUACCAGUAUCUUGAGGAGUUGGUAACGGAUCGCGAAAAAGCAGUUAUUUCCUUGCGACAAGAAUUGGAUAAAGUACCUAUUUCGACAUUUUUAUUUAUCAUAUUAAUACACACAUUAUUUCAAUUAAUACCUGUGUAAACGUGUAUUGAAAUUUAAUUGACUCUUUAUAAUAUAGUACAGAAUAUGGUGUGUUGAAGUUGACGAAGGUAGGAUUCCUGAUGGCUUGCCGGGACUACUUGAGGAAUUGGGAGCUGUAAAACAAGAAUCUGGUGGUGUAGUACUUUCUAUGUAA